ACUUCCGUUUUUCCCACAAUGCAACGUUGUCAGGGACUCCAUUUUACAUGUUUUGAUGUGGAGGUAACUUGGAACACGCUGUAAAAAUGACUGACACUGUCGUGGAAGAGAAUACAUCCAGCAAUACGUACAUUAUACGACCAAACUUCCAACACAAGUUCAGACAGGUGAUAGUCAAAGAAACCAUACACAAUGUAUUGAACGAACAUCUCAGUGGGAAAUCCUACGACGCAGAAGAGACAACGGAAUGGACGAGGCGGAUAUCUGAUGAUAUCAAACUCAAGUUAAAAGACCUGGGUUAUGACAGAUACAAGUUUGUGGUACAGGUGGUCAUCGGAGAACAGAGGGGGGAGGGGGUCAAGAUGGGGUGUCGCUGCUUUUGGGACUCGGACACGGACAGUUACGCUCAAGAUAUAUUUAUGAAUGACUCUAUAUUCUGUGUGGCUGCUGCGUUUGGAUGCUUCUAUUACUGAUUGUUAGAACUGGACUAUGGACCCCCCGACUCAUCAACUGUGAUACAGGGCGCCAUUCUGAGAGAAGUUGACAGUUUGUGUGAGGAUGAGAACAGAGAUCUGCCAGGCUUCUACUGUGUCACUUCAUUAUAAAAUCACUACAACCCAUUAUACAUUGUUUGUUGAUAGUUUACUCAUUAAAAAUUAAUAUUAAGUAAAAAAA